AAAUGAAGAGAGAAGCCCCUUCUCCCACAGAGCUCAGCUCCACUCGCUGCCUGGGAGUGCGCGCCGGGUUUACUAGACCAGUCGGACAGACCCAGAACUUCAGCACUUGUCGUCUGCCUCUCUCUCUCUUACUCACACACACACAGAUCUCUUUCGCUCAAACACACACCCAUCCACCCAUCUCUCUCUCUCAGUAGAGAGCGAGAAGACUCAGCGUCGCUGCAACUGAACGCAGGAGCCAAGCGCGGUGGUUCAAGAUUCAACGGUCAUCAUCAUCUUCAGUAUCUCUCUCUCUCUCCCUCUCCUGGAGUCGCGGUAACUCUCAGCCCCGCCGCUAUUGUCUCUGUCAUACGAGUCUCUUCAUUCGGAGCUGCCGGAAGUCCCCUCCCGGCCGCCUUUGUCUUCCCGGCGUCUCGGCAAACGAGCAGGUACAGGGGCGCGCCUCCGCUUCGCGCCCUGUGAUUGGCUGAGCCACCGGCUCGCAGCUGCCGUUCCGCCGUCGCGCCUGCUUGUGAUUGGCCGUCUCUCGUGGGGGGAUGGGCAGCAAGGAGGGCUCCUCACCUGUACAGCAGAAUGGUGGUGUGGCUCUCGAGGGCCGGGUGGCGAGCCAGGAUGAGAACGCGAAACGGGGAAACUGGUCGAACCAAAUCGAGUUCAUCCUCACGAGCAUCGGCUACGCGGUUGGCCUCGGGAACGUGUGGCGCUUCCCCUACCUCUGCUACCGCAACGGUGGAGGAGCGUUCAUGUUCCCGUACUUCAUCAUGCUCGUGUUCUGCGGGAUCCCUCUCUUCUUCCUGGAGCUCUCCUUCGGCCAGUUCGCCAGCCUCGGCUGCCUGGGCGUUUGGAAGGUCAACCCGCUCUUCAAAGGCGUCGGGUACGGCAUGAUGGUCGUCUCCAGCUACAUCGGCAUCUACUACAACGUGGUCAUCUGCAUCUCCUUCUACUACUUCUUCGCGUCGCUCACGCAGUCGCUGCCCUGGACGUUCUGCGGGAACCCGUGGAACACGGAGAAGUGCACCAGCGUCUACGACCCCGUGGCACUCCUCAACGGCACGGCCAACACGAGCCACGUUCCGGAGGUCGAGAUGGGCCCCGCCAACGCGAUCCUCGCCAACGCGUCCGAGCUGGUGCACGGGGCGGUGCGCGCCAGCCCCAGCUCCGAGUACUGGAAGUACUAUGUCCUCCGUCUGUCGGACAGCAUCGGAGAGUUUGGUGAGGUUCGCCUGCCGCUGCUGGGAUGUCUCGCCCUGUCCUGGGUCGUCGUCUUCCUCUGCCUCAUCAAGGGAAUCAAAUCCUCCGGCAAGGUGGUCUACUUCACCGCCACAUUCCCGUACGUCGUUCUCUUCAUCCUCUUCAUCCGCGGCGUCACGCUGGACGGAGCCAUCCAGGGCAUCUCCUACUACCUCACCCCGCAGUGGGAUAAGAUCCUGCAGGCAAAGGUGUGGGGCGACGCGGCGUCCCAGAUCUUCUUCUCUCUGGGCUGUGCGUGGGGCGGCCUCAUCACCAUGGCCUCCUACAACAAGUUCCACAACAACUGCUACAAGGACACGGUGAUCAUCACCCUGGCGAACUGCGGCACCAGCGUCUACGCCGGAUUCGUCAUCUUCUCCAUCCUGGGCUUCAUGGCUCACCACCUGGGCGUCGAGGUGUCCCAGGUGGCCGACCAGGGCCCCGGGCUGGCCUUCGUGGCCUACCCGGAGGCCCUCACGCUGCUGCCCAUCUCCCCGCUGUGGUCCGUGCUCUUCUUCUUCAUGCUCAUCCUGCUGGGACUCGGCACGCAGUUUUGUCUGCUGGAGACGCUGGUGACGGCCAUCGUGGACGAGAUCGGCAGCGACACAAUCCGCCGGCGCAAGACGUUCGUGACGCUCGGGGUCGCGGUGGUCGGCUUCCUACUGGGCAUCCCGCUCACCACGCAGGCUGGCAUCUACUGGAUCCUGUUGCUGGACAAUUACGCAGCAAGCUUCUCUCUGGUCAUCAUCUCCUGCUUCCUGUGCAUCGGGAUCAACUGGAUUUACGGUUUCCGGAAAUACUUUAAGGACGUGGCUAUGAUGCUGGGCAGGGAACCGCCGGUCUUCUUCAAAGUGUGCUGGUGCUUCGUGUCGCCCGCCAUCAUAUUCUUCAUCCUCAUCUUCUCGAUGGUGCAGUACGAGCCCCUGCGCUACGAGGGGAAGCUCUUCCCUCGCUGGGCCGAGGCCCUCGGCAUCCUCAUGGCCGCCUCGUCCGUCAUUUGCAUCCCGGGCUACGCCAUCUACCACCUCUGGAGGUUACCCGAGGGAACCUUCCUGGAGCGCCUCAAGCAGUCGGUGACCCCCGACCCGUCGUGGGGUCCCGCGCUGCGCGAGCACCGCACGGGACGCUACGCCGUGCCGGGGGGGGCGCCCGGCGCGGGAGCGGAGGCGGGGGGCUUCCCCGGAGACGUGGAGGGGGGCACGGAAGGGGGCCCCACGGGGGCUCUGAUCGUCGCCGCCGCGGAGGCGAAGGAGGCGAAGGAUUCGAGCGCUUUCCAGCAGCCGCUGAACGGACCCAAGCCCACCGCCCCGGACCUGCACGAGUCGUGUCUGUAGGAGGAGCGCGACGGCAGGCGGUUGUGGAGGUGGUGGCGGUUGUGGUGGUGGUGGCGGUUGU